GAGCCUCGUGUGCCAGCCGCAGCCCCACACCUGCCGGGAUGUCCGGACAAAUAAAGCGGUGUAAACAAAAAAGGGGGAGAUGGACGUGUCACCAAGUCGUGUGAGAAAAGCCUGGGAACAAACGGGGCGCCUUCGUCUCCAAGAGCUCUCCCUUGAACCCGGCGGAACAGCCUAUUAAAGGCUUAAUUACUUUAAUGACUCUGGACAGGCUUUAAAACGCACUCGGCGCUGGGACGGCGGGCUUGCUGGGAUUUGUAAACAGGCGAUCCUGUGAGACUCAGCGGUGCGACUAAAGGAGGCGACACUGUUUUGUGAGGGCCCUCGCCCCCUGGUGCCCGCGGCCACUGCGCCCCUGCGCUCCGCGCCCGCGACUGCUGCAGGCGCUCGCUGGCCCGCCGGCUCCAGUUUACCGCCUCCUUUUCCCGCCCGGGGCUGUUGCCAUGCUAAUGUCAUUCCCAGCCGAUCACGUGUCCUUUGAAGGGCCACGUGGAUUAACAAAACUGACCUGCCCCCAGCUCACCCCCCUUGGCUGCUAAUUUUUUUUCUUAACUUCUUUAAAACUGAUCUUGAAUGCAUACAUCCUCCAAACGCAGAUCCCCUAAUCCUAUGGAAUAAUUCAACUCGUGAAUGCACUUGGAGUCCUAGAUGACCGCUUUAUAAGGCAGCCCCUCAGAUUUGGGAGGCCUCAGUCUACCUGAGACACUCGAAGAGGCGGAAAGUGGACGUGUGCCUCGCACCAGCGCCUCUCCCGAGGGCGCGCACUGACCGGGAUGUCAGACAAGCUCAAGGACCGAAAAAGAACUCCGGUUUCUCAUAAAGUGAUAGAAAAGCGGAGGAGGGACCGGAUCAACCGCUGUUUGAAUGAGCUGGGCAAGACGGUACCGAUGGCCCUGGCGAAGCAGAGUUCCGGGAAGCUGGAGAAGGCGGAGAUCCUAGAGAUGACCGUUCAGUACCUGAGAGCUCUGCAUUCAUCGGAUUUUCCCCGAGGAAGGGAAAAAGCAGAACUUCUAGCGGAGUUCGCCAAUUACUUUCACUACGGCUACCACGAGUGCAUGAAGAACCUGGUGCAUUACCUCACCACGGUGGAGAGGAUGGAGACCAAGGACACCAAGUACGCGCGCAUCCUCGCCUUCCUGCAGUCCAAGGCCCGCCUGGGCGCAGAGCCCGCCUUCUCCCCGCUGGCUUCGCUCCCGGAGCCCGAUUUCUCCUAUCAGCUGCACUCGGCUGGGCCGGAGUUCGCGGGCCACACCCCCAGCGAGGCCGCGGUGUUCCCGCAGGGCGCUGCCCCAGGGACUUUCCCCUGGCCUCACGGCGCUGCCCGAAACCCCGCGCUACCCUACCUGCCCAGCGCGCCGGUGCCACUUUCGAGCCCGGCGCAGCAGCACAGCCCUUUCCUGGCGCCGGUGCAGGGCCUGGACCGCCACUACCUCAACCUGAUCGGCCACACCCACCCCAACGCCCUCAACCUGCACACGCCCCAGCAUCCCCCGGUGCUCUGACGCCCAGUGCCCGACGGCUGGCUGCGCUUGGGCGCCGCUUAGGAGACGUGUAUAUAUUGUACAUGUGUAAAUAUUGUGUCCACACAAAACCGGGGGUGGGGGAGAAGACCAAAAGCGAAAUAGUCUUCUGAAGAAUCUCCUCUUCCGAAUAAAUCUUUCCUGAAAGACCCA